UCGCAAUCCGCGAUUAGCGCAGUUAAGCGCUGAGCAGCAAGUUGCAGCUGAAAUAGUGAAAUAUUGGGCUGUAGUGCACGCGUCACGGUCCCGUCGACGUCGACGAUGUUGAUGACAAAAUAUGAUAUCGACGAAUAGUGCUUGUAUGCGCUCCGAGUCUGGCAGGCGGCCCAUCCGUCCAUCGUUAGAGGCCAACAGCUGUUCGCCGUCGUCUCCGGUGCAAGUACGACGCUCGUCAUUCGCACUUGUCCAAUAGUCCAUGAUCAGUUUAUUAUCUCUGCCGCUGGCCGCUGGAACGCAGUAAAAGCUCGUAUCGACAGCGACAGCAAACGACGACAUGAGUGUCGAAAAUCACAACAACCAACGGCCCUCGGCUGAUCAAACAGGUUCUUCAAGCAAAAAUAAAAGGUCAAUCCUUUAUGAUAAAACAUUUCUUAUUGACAUUGUUGACAAUAUAGUCAGCUCAAAAGUGGAAAAGCUCAUUAAUGCAUAUGGAGGAAAAUUAAUUCAAUCGUUAGAAAAGAGUACUGAUUAUUUAAUAUCAGAUAUGAUACAAAAUGAAGGAGCAAAACAUAAUACCAGUUCAGAAACUAAUAAUUGUAGAAAAGAUAUAGAAGUAAAAAAUGGGCAAUCUUCUAAUCGUAAAAAUUCAAUUGAUCUCAUUAAUAAAGCAAAUAUUUUAAACAUAAAAAUUUUAUCCGCCAAGAAGUUUCAACAUUGGCUCAAGUCUUUAUUGAAAAAACGCCGUACCGACAAAAAACCUACAGAUCAAGUUGCAAGUGUACUAAGAGGAAAAGUUAGUUUAAAAAUAGAAUCAAUGGAUCAAACACAACGUCCUGUAUUUGAAUAUAUACCUAAGUGGCCAGAUUUAGGUGAUGCAUUGUGUAAAAAAAAACCAAAACAUUCAGCUGAACAUAAAUAUAAUGGAGAUAAAAGUGGUGAUGAUUACUCUUCGGAUCAAUACAGUACCUCAGAAAUCGGUGGAAUGUGUGAACUAUGUGACAUGCCAUUUAUGAAUUAUAAGGAGCAUAUAAAUACAAAAAAACAUAUGAGAGAAAGCCAAGAUGAACACAGAUUUCAUGAAUUAGAUGAAUUAAUUAAUGAGAGGCCUUUAAAUGUUAUAUUUAACCAAUUUAUACCCGAUAAGUCUGAUAAGAAAAUUAUCAAAGAUCAAAACUCUACUCAAGAAACACCUAAUCUUAAAAACUGCAUAGAAGAUACAGUCAUAAUUAUUGAUUCCGAUUCUGAUGGUGCUGAACAAAUAAAUGUGCCUUGUUUGGAUGCUGGUAAAGCUCCAAGAGAUUUUAAAGAACAAGCAUCAGAAAGUUUAAAGAGAAAAUUCCAAUAUUCAGAUAACAAUAUUUCUUUUGUACCUCAAAAGAGACCUAGUAAGUUGUAUUAUUCACCAAUACAUGAUGAAAAUAAUUUUCAUAAAAAAACCAAACGGAAACACAAAACGCAUCAAAAGUCAUUGUCUAAGGAUAUAUAUAAAGUGGAAGUUGUAAACAGCCAUUUAUCAAAUUCAAAUAAUAAUCCAAAUAAUGAUAGAAUUGUGUCUGAUCAACCACCAGUUAUAAUACGUUUCAAGAGAGUACAAAAUUCAAAAAACAAGUUUUCUCCAAGUGAUGUUGAAAGUGUUAAAACAAUAUCAUCAUCUUCAUCAUCGUCGUCAUCUUCAUCAUCGUCGUCAUCUUCAUCGUCAUCAUCGUCAUCAUCAUCGUCAUCAUCAUCGUCAUCAUCAUCAUCUGAUGAUGAUGAUGAUGAUGAUAUUAAUGUAAAAAAAAUCCCGGAGGACACUAUACCAGUUCAUAGAUAUAUACGUGUAGUCAGAAAACCAAGUUUUAGUAAUGAAACUGAAGUUACGCCUUCAAAAAGCUUCACAGAAAGUCAAAUAUUUACAUUUGAACAUCCUGAGUUACGUCGAAAUAUCUAUACAAAUUUUUCUUACUGUCCUACAUACACAUGUAUCCCCGACACUAAGUCUAGUAUUGAAUACAUUCAGGAGAAGAUAGACAAUUUAGGCAAUCCUAGCUUAAAAUGUACAUUGUCAUUUAAAGAUUCUUUAAAAUUCAUGUCUAAUAUGAAACCUAAACAAAUUGGAGAAUGGUUUUAUAAUGUUCCCAAAAAAAUUCAAGAUAAAUUAUCAUUCAAUUCUUCAUCAUUAGUUCCACUUACAGAGUUGUCAAAAAUUAAGUCUUUUGUAGUCCCUAAAAGAAAUUUAAACAAAAGUUCAACAUCCUCCAGUUCUAUUGAAAUAUUGUAAUUUUAGUUAAUUUAUGUUCCAAAUGGUUUUGUGUCCUAUCUGAGAUCUCUUAAUGUUAUUUUCUUUAGGGAUUAUUUUUAUUUUUAUGUUGAAUUAAUUUUUUUAUUUGAUGAUGUAUGUGCCCCCUACUUAUAGGUAAAAUAAGACAUUUAAUUUAUGCCUACUCAAAGUUAUAUCCAAAGAUGUUUAAAUUUUAUUCAUUUAAUUCACACCAAAUACUAUCUAAAAAUAUUAAUCAAUUAAAAAAAAAAAAAUGGA